UCGUGGGUUGUUUCUGUUUCAAAAUGGAGUUGUCUGAGUCGGUGCGGAAAGGGCUGCAGUCUCUAGCAGACCCGACGCUUUUUGACCUGAAGACCUUCUCCGUGUUGAUAGAAUUAGCCUUUCGCAGCUUGCUAACCGCCCAUGCCGACCGUAGUGUUCUCGAUCAACCUGAAUUGAAACAUAUUGACCAGAAGUUGCUGAAACAUUGUCACACAGCUGCCACCACCUACAUACUAGAGGGGGUCAAACAAAAUGUGGACAAAUCCACUAUACGCUUGUGCCUGGAGGAUGUUAGGUUUGAUGCAGAGAGAACAGAUGUAUUCUACAUCACAUACCAGAAAUAUAAAAGUGAUGUGGAAAUUCUAUUGUCAAGUAUAGGGAGAUGCCCUCCUCAUAUCAACGACGUGUCAUGGCGUCUGGAGUACCUUAUCAAGAACGGGCAUGUGCAUAAGGUCAACGAGCCGUCCUAUCUGAUUUCAUUAAACGUUGAGAAUACCAACAACGGAGGAUCGUCGGAAGAAGUKAAUUUUAGCUGCACUAUGGAACAACUUCAGGAUUUGGUGGGAAAGAUGAAAGACGCUACCAAGAGUCUUGAAAAGGCUAUGCAGUUGUGACCUUAGCCUACUCGAACGGUGGAAUCCGGUUUCUCACGUGAUCUCCUCUGCUUCCUUCAUCUCCUGAAAGCACUGAAGUUCAGCGAUUUCAAGCGGCGUUGAUAUCCGCUUUGUAUUUUAUACUCAUUUAAUUCGUCAUUAAAUAUAUUUGUAUCCGUUCAA